GUUCUGGGCCCUCAACAGGCUUGCAGAGUGACCAGCAUAAAGCUUUUUUUAGAGGUGCCUGAGUGUUCUAGACUCCUUCCAACAUCCAAAUGCAAGCUAUGUUUAAAGAUGAUCCUCGGGCACCCCCUUUAAUUAUUAGGCCAUUGGGGGAAACAGUGUGGUAGAUUAGAAAAAAUGUUUAUAAUUAAACUUUAGUGCUUGUAAUUCGUAUUCGUAAUUAAAUUAUAAAUCUAAUGCACUUUACUGUAAAAAAUAAUUCUAUUUAUAGACAACGUAUCUACUUACUAAUUAUAUCACUUUUGGCAAGGAUUGCACGGUUAAAAAUGAAACUGUUCAGCACGUUGAAUUUCUAUCUAACAUCCAAAUCAUCCCAUAAUAAUUUGCUAAUUAAUCAACCCCAAUAACGGGGCAGUGUACUAUUCCCAUGUGGAUUUAGUUAUACGCACCCUGAUCGUGUGACGUCAUACGGUCACUCUCAUCCAUAACCUCAAAAAAUGACUACAGUUAAACUUGCCCUUUCCUUUACAGUUUUAGUGCUAGGUUUAAUAUUAAGCAUCUACAAUCACCAGUUCGUAAUUUUUUUAAAUAGCAUACUUAACAAAUCGAGCAAAACCGAAGACUUAUUGACACCGGAAGAAUUGAAGGAAUUCAACGGUGAAGCUAAUCCCAGGUUGUAUCUUGCAGUCUUAGGUAGUGUUUACGAUGUAUCAAAAGGACGCAAGCAUUACGGGCCUGGAGAAACGUACAACGUAUUCGUCGGUCGUGAUGCGUCACGGUCCUUUGUCACCGGAAAAUUUAAAGACGCGGAAGCUUCCGAUGAUGUUAUUGGGUUGACAAACAAAGAGCUGCUGUCCUUAGACAAUUGGGUGAAGUUUUACGAAAAGCAGUAUACAAAAGUGGGCAAAGUGAUUGGAAGAUAUUACGAUACCAACGGCCAAGAGACACAGUAUCAUAAACAGGUGAACGAUCUAAUAAGGAAUGCUCUGAGUGAUGAAGAGCAACUAAAGUUGGUUGCAAUCGAAUUUCCGCCUUGCAACAUCGAGUGGAAUGCAGACACUGGCACGAGAGUGUGGUGUACCGAAAGAAGGUGUGGUUGUGUUUCCCAAAGUCAUGCAUUGAUAUCUUUGCUUCGCAGUGGUGGCUUAGAGAGAAGUUGGAUUGGAUUUCCCAGAAAGUUAUACGAACCUGGCUCGGAUUCGUUUAGAUGCGCGUGCAUUAAGGAGGAGGAUUUAGUUCUACCUAAUAUUCAAGAGUACCAGGAUUGCAAUUCUAACUACGUUAGUUGCAAUGUGAAUACUGCUAAUGUUUGAUACCAAUGUAUUAUUGUUAAUGCUUAUUAUUUAUUAUUGUAAUUUUAAUUUUCUAUGAGUAUUUUACAUUUUUAUUUGUUAGAGGAUUAGGCAAAUAUCCACCAUUACAUAUAUUAAGUCUUGGGGUGUAUCGGGGCAAACAAAUUGUGUAAUGAUUACAGUGCGUUAAUUUUC